GCAAGUUUUAAAUACAAAUAAUUUUAUUUUUUUUAAUACGACGCAUGCUUGUGAAACUCAUUGCCACAAGGCAUUGAGAGAGCCAGUGGCAUAAUGAGGUCCAGAAAGGGUUUAGAUAAAAUUUAUGGAGAACAUUAGUCCAUUACAGCCUAUUAAAUACAUUAUGUACAAAACAGUCCAUUUCAUCACAUCCUUCCAGCUAGCAGCAGUCCUAACUCCAGGGGUGUUCUGAUCCAAAGAUGAUAUCCCUGACUAUUGUAACUUAUGCUCUUUCUUCUGAAGUUUCUGCUGUUUGCAGCUGUUGGGGACAGGAUACUGAGCUAGAUGGACUCUUGGUCUGAUGCAGUAUGUCGGUUCUUGUUCUUGUGACUUCUGGUUCUCACAGUGGUGCUGUAACAUUUGCUGUAUGGACUCUUGUUCUGUAGCAUGGGAGAAGAGGAAGGACUACGCCAAGCACAGUUGCUGGACACAAUGUUUGUGCGAGGAUUAAAAAGAAAAUGUUUUGAUGGUGAAGAAGAUAUUGAAGGGACGCUGGCUGGUUUUAAAGCUAUUCCUUCAUACAAUCUUCAGCGACAGUCACUUUUAGAUAUGUCUUUGGUAAAACUUCAACUAUGCCACAUGCUUGUUGAGCCUAAUCUUUGUCGUUCGGUACUGAUAGCCAAUACAGUACGGCAAAUCCAAGAGGAAAUGACUCAAGAUGGGACUUGGCAGAUGAUAAAUACGCAGAAUGCAGGGCAUGCUUCCCUAGACCGCUUGGUUUCAACCGAUAUACUAUGUCGUUCAUCCAGGGAACAAACUGAGGGAAAGCACGGUCCAGGUUAUAGUACCUUCCCUAAAGACUUUGAGGAGACCCAGUCACAAGAUAGUUCAGAAAUUAUGUCAACGGUUUCUUCAGGACAAGCUCCAAGAAAUCUGCAAAGUAACAUGUGGGAAAUGGAGAGCCCACAAGAAAAUAGAGGAAAUUUUCAAAAAUCAUUGGAUCAAAUAUUUGAGACGUUAGAGAACAAAAGCCCAAAUUCUGUUGAAGAUCUGUUUUCAGAGGUUGAUAAUUCUUACUACGACCUUGAUACAAUGUUAACGGGAAUGAUGAGCAACACCAAAAUGGGACACUGUGAUGUACUUGAAACAUUUCCUUCUCAGACCACCACAAAUUCUAACUCUAACUGUAAAUCUGAUCUUAAUGAGCUUGACCACAUUGUGGAAAUUCUUGUUGAAUCUUGAAACCGCUACCUAUGUAGAAGAGAGAGAGAGAGAGCUCCUUCAAGGAAGUAAAGGACUUACGGAAACACUUUUCCCAAUAGUUUAUUCAAGCAAAUCUGUACGUGUAUUUUACAGAAAUAUAUAUGAGCACUUCAUAUUGCAAAAUAUUGUUAACUUUUAAAGUUAACAUGCAGUUUGUAGUGUGAGAAUUCUAGUUAAUUGUUUGUUGAACUGUAAGUACAUACCAUAAACAUUUUUUUUUUUUUUUUUAAGUUGGAGUCCAGGGUUUUCCAGAUUGGACUCCCUUGCCCACCUUGUAGUUUUUGAAGAGUGUGUGUUCAUUAAGAGUGUUGCUUUCAUCAUCAUCUCCACCCUACCCCCACCCCCAAUUCUAGAAAAGGCGAGAGUCGUACAGAGUUUGGGUAACCAGAUUUUUCUUUUACCUCCUGAUUUUUGAACUAACACUUCCUAUUUUUUAGGACCACCUCAUUCCCUCCUUGUCUGCCUCCUUUGUUCUACCUGCUGUUGCCCAUGGCUUUCGGAGCAGUAUGCAGUAGUCACCAUUAUCCUAGCUAGCUGCUUCUGUCUUCUUCCAACAGUUUUGUUUCUUUAAAUAUAAUUUUAAAGUAUUUGUCAACAUUUAGAUUUUUCCAGCUAUUUUCCUAAAAUAUAUUUUUACUACAGAUGUGCUAUCAGCUGCUAAUUUAGUAACUUUUGAUCAUAAAUAUUUGCAGUUGAUGUAUUUUUGAAAGACUUUCAAGAAGGGAUUUGGUUUUUUUUUACCAUGAGCUACCUUAUGUAGUUCAGCAAAGUGUAUGUAAAUAUCAAUAUACAAUUUUAUACUUUACAUUAAAAUGUAAGCGCUGUUUUCAUGAUUCUGUUUUUAUAGAGUAGUACUUUACUAAACUGAGGAUGGUACAAUGAUGCUUUUUAUACAACUUAUACUUGAGUGUCAUUACAGGGAGAGCCCUGAUCCAGCUACAUGCAAUUACAUUUAAUUCAGUUCAAACCAUGUCUUUGUUAUCUUCAGACCUAAAUUAUGUAGGGUUUUUAUUUAUGUGUAUUUAUAUGUAAAUGUCAUCAAAUGAAUUGUUUAUCACUGAAGUCUACCAUCAAAUAUUUGUUUGUGGGAAAACUAUCUUGCACUAAUUACUAUAAAAAGUGUUGCUAGGGGCCUUGAAAUAUCUACUAGUGUGUUCUAAUGUCUUGCCUAAAUUAGCAUGCUCCACUCUUACCAAGGUUUUCUGGUCAGCUUAUUUUUUUGAAUAACAAGCAGUAUAUGGAACGUUGAAUUGCAUUUCAUUUCUUUAAGGAUGUUCACACAUUCGUUUUAGAGUGUGUAAUUCAUUUUGUUUCUAAUAUCCACUUUUGGAGGUGGAUCAAAUAACAUGAUUUUACUAUAAGGUGGCUUCUUUUUUAAAAGCUGUUUUGUUGCUGGAACCUUUUGACAUUGGCUGCCUGGGGAGCAGAGAUUGCAGAUAGUUAGGUUGUUUCUAUGGAAGUGUAUCAAGGGACCAACUACAUUGUGAAAGGAAUAAACUUUGCAUUUAACAAAUGUUUUGCCUUCCUGUAGGUGACCUUACCUACUUCAUAUUUCUCUUUAGGAUUCUCAAAUCCCUCAGUAGUUAGUUUUAGGUACAUUCUGGUUCCUUGCUUCCACAGGUUACCUAUAAACAAAUAAAUGUCCGUCUUUAACUUACUGUUUAAGUGUUUUUGAAACAGCUGGUUGAAAAAUAGCAUUGCAUAAUUAAGUUUUCUAAACUUGGUAGAUAGCUGCAUAUUUAACUCCAUUAUGUGUCAAACUUUGCAGUUUGUAUAAGUGAGAUUUUGUGAACUUUUAAAAUAUUUUUUGUAUUAAACUUGGACAUGAAGUGACCUUUAUUUGCUUAGCUGUAAAACAUUACUUCCAUAACUCCAAGCUAAUAGCAAGUUUAUCUUAAAUUAGCAGGGUGACGUACCACAUGAAAAUGUGCAAGGAAAAUGCAUAUGAUGCAGUGAGACUAAAACAAAAAAAAGUACUGGACAAUAAUAGCGUGACUAUUUAGGAAUUUCUAAAUGAGGAAAUUUCAUUUCUAUACACACUCUGGAAAACCUUUUUUUUGAAAAGCAGAAUGAAGUGGGGGGAAUCUUUCCUUGUAAAUGACAGAGUGCUCUCCCAUAUAUCCGUGCAUACGAGCACUAUAAGCACUGAUUUACAACAGCUCUUUUUGGGAAAAAGGUGCAUGUUUUAUAUGUGAGAGAAUACUGUACUGGAUCAGCAAGAUAAUUAAGAGCGAAUGAUGCAGUAGGUAAUCUGGUAAGCAAAAUACAUCUGUCAUCAUCUUUC